AUGGAAAAUAUUGAUGAUGGGAAGUUCAUUCGGAUGGAGGUUAAGGAUGGGAAGUCAGCGUUCUUUUGGUUUGAUAAUUGGUUUCAGCUUGGAAAACUUAUCGACAUCACCGGCGCUGUCGGUACUCAGUAUCUAGGCAUACCUCGUAAUGCUAGAGUUUGUGAGGCAGUUUCUCACGAGCAGUGGAAUGUUAGAGAUCAUAGAAGGCGACACUAUCAUGCACUGCAUGAACGCAUUCAGAGAGAACCGAUACCAGAUGCUCAGCAAGGCAGUGACGUGGUAUUAUGGAAGCAUUCCGAUGAUGACUUCAAGCCCUGGUUCUCUUCUCUCAAAACUUGGGAGCAGAUUCGAGAAAAGGAGGCUAUGGUACCUUGGAGUCACGCUGUCUAG